AUGUGGUUCUCCAAAUCUAACUUCCCUGUCGAUGGCAAAACUGCAUUGGUAGUAGGUGCUUCUCAAGGGGUUGGUGCAGAUAUUGCCAAAAAGCUAUAUCAGCAAAACUGCUCGGUAAUCCUUGUUGCUAGAACCCAAUCGAAAUUAGAUAAACAAGUCGAGUAUAUACUUGGUUUACCAAAGACACACGUCAACCACACAGCUAAAAUUGCUUGUUAUUCCUGUGAUGCAUCCAGUUAUGAGGAUUUUGUCAAUUUGUGGAAACAAAUCACGGCCCAUGGCUAUGACCCCACCAUAAUCUUUUGUUGUGCUGGGUCUAGUGUGCCCAAAUUAUUCAGCGACUUAACUUCACAAGACCUUGAUGCUGGGAUCAAUAUCAACUACCGAACGGCUUUGAAUGUGGUUCAUAGUGGAUUUAAACAUUUGCUCGCUAUUAACGAAUCAACUCCGCCUCAAAAUUGGCCAUUGAGACAUAUUGUUAUAUUCAGUUCAGUUGUUUCCUUUUUCCCCUUUGUUGGAUACUCACAAUACGCCCCAAUGAAAGCAGCACUUGAAUCAUUAUCAGUGAUUCUAAGACAAGAAUUGAAGCCAUACAAUUACCGAGUAUCGUGUGUGUUUCCUGGUAAUUUCCAAAGUGAAGGGUUCGAUGAAGAACAAAAGACUAAACCGGAAUUGACAAAGAUAAUUGAGGGUCCAAGUGUGCCCAUCCCAAGCGAUGAAUGUGCUGAUAUGGUGUUUGAUCAAUUGGCUAAAGGGUACGACACGAUAACUACCGAUUUCAUAGGAUGGGUUUUGGGAUGUAGUUCCUUGGGCAUCCUACCUCGUCAAUGGGGUGGGUUCCAAGUCAUUGUCAGUUUCUUUCUCCUGGUAUUUGGUCCGGUAAUCAACUGGGGUAUAGGACGAGAGAUUAAGAAGCAUUUCGACGAAAAGAGAAAGAGAAUGGAUUAA